UCAUUUGUCUAUUGUCAUUCGCCACCACAAAAUAAAAUAGCGUGAUAUUGUAAAUUAUAUUUAUAGUUUUUCUGUACAGUGUAAAUUUAGAGGAAUCACAAAAAUCAGUAUUUUAAUUUUGUGGUGCAUACAAUAAAAUAAUUAAUACCAUUGAAUUUUUACACUGUAUAUCAGGUUAGUCGGGAUUUUAGCAUCAAUUUUGUGAACGAGCAUGGCUGAUGAGGAGGUUAAUGGGGACACUGACGACAUACAGCACGAGAAAGACAAAACACAGAAAAAGGCGGCCAAACACGACAGUGGUGUAGCUGAUUUAGAAAAAGUUACCGAUUAUGCGGAGGAAAAGGAAAUAUCAUCUCAAGAUAUAUCUAGUGCACUGUCACUGAUUGGAGAUAGACGAAACAAGGAAACAGCUGAGAGGCUUGAAAAGGAGAAGGAGCUACAAAAAGUAUCAGUCAAAAAAGAUGACAUAGAAUUAAUUGUUAAAGAAAUGGAAAUCUCCAGGACACUAGCUGAAAGAACUCUUCGUGAACAUAGCGGUGAUUUGGUCGCAGCACUGAUAACCUUAACUAAUUAAUGUAUGAUAUUACAUUUUUAAUAUAGAGUUUUUUGAACUUUUGAA